CGUCGGAUUGGGAAGAACAAAAGACAAGAAAUCUCAAACCAAGUGAUGAACCCGAUUUAUCACAACAGUUUAAAUUAAAAACAGUAUUGAUUUUCCAUUUUCUAUCCAUAUUCGAACCAUUAUUUACAAGGCAUAUGAUAGGAGGGGGACAUUACACUGCCGUUAUCCAGGAGAGAGUGAAGCUUGAGCGGUGAGACGUUGUUCUAGUGUUUCCCGAUGGCUUGGUGUUCGUGGGCAGUGCUCUCUCUCUGCCAAGCCGUGGUCCUGGUGCCUCUGUAGCAUUUGGGGCGGGCAGGGACUGUGUUGACGGUUGAGGACGAUGACUGUCUUGGAGGCUGCUAGUUGACACAGAGGAGAGGAUUCAACGGAAUCUGACUGGGCAUAUAUCUUGUACAUGCUGGGUCGUUACGGAGGUGGAUCAUUUUGGAUGGGUAACAUCGUGCCCUGAUCCUCCCUGUCCCGGCCCACCUAUACAACCCCUGACCCCCCCCCCCACGCCCUAGUCACCAUGACAUCUGUAUCCUGGCCCCAGCUGCUGGCUUUCAAACUGGCCCCUCCACCACAUGACCCGGGGAGCCCAGAGAGGAUCCUCAGCUGCGACGAGGAGAUAGAGCGUCGUUAUGAGAUCGUUCCCUCUGUGGCCUGCUCCAUGUGCUGCCUCUUCGGCAUCAUAUACUGCUUCUUUGGUUACCGUUGCUUCAAGGCGGUGAUGUUCCUAACAGGCUUGAUGUUUGGCUCCGUCAUCAUCUUUCUGCUGUGUUAUAAGGAGCGUGUUCUGGACACCCAGCUGAGUGUGGAGGCCUCGGUGGGCAUCGGCCUGGGCAUCGGUACCCUCUGUGGCCUGGUCACCAUGCUGGUACGCUCUGUUGGACUAUACAUGGUGGGGCUACUGCUGGGACUACUGCUGGGCAUCGCCUCACUGGUGGUAAUGGAGGAGUUUCACCACCCCCGGACGGUGUGGGUGCCCCUGGGGGUGUUGCUGGGGUCAGGCAUGCUGUUCGCCGUCCUCACCCUCCAAUGGCAGUGCUUCUUCACCACCCUCUCAACCGCUGUGUUCGGCUCGGCUGUCAUCACCGUCACUGUGGACUAUUUCAUUGAACUGUUUGCUCUCGUCAGAUACAUAUUUGAGAGAAUCAAGGUGGCUCCACCCCGUCCUGUCUGCUGGUUCACCUGGGUCAUCAUGGGGGUGUGGCCUGUACUGGCAUUGCUGGGGGUCCUCAUCCAAUGGAAGGUCACCGCCGAGGGAUACUCACACACUGAGGUGGUUCUCAGUCGACAGCAGCGGAGGGUCCAGUUGAUGAGGAUCCACCAGAAGGAAGAGAGGAUGCAGAAAGAAGUGAGGAAGAAGAAGAAGAGACAGAAGCAACAAAAGCAGAAGCAGCCGGAGCAGCUCCAGCAUCAGCAGUACCACCGCCCUCCUCCACCUACUUACCCUCCUCCUACCGCCGCCACCACCGCCGCCACCACCACCACCACCAACAAACCCCUCCUCCCUGAGCCUAUCACCUACCACAGGAAACCAAACCCCAUUCGACGCUUCGAUGGGGACGUGCUGUCCCCUAGUUACAUCGCUAGUUUCCGGGACAGACAGGUGGACAGACGGGAUUACCCUCACCACAGCAGGCCGAUCGCCAGGCACCACAUGGCUGACCGAGACUACGACUGUGGAUCCCAAGUACCCCUGACCGCCCCCAAUGGACCGGCUGUACGAGUUUGACAUUGACAAUAUCCUCUACAUCCGUGACAGUGCUCCUACUGGCUUGGAGUGGUACUGUUGGUCCUUUUCCUUGUCCAGUGAAGGUCUCCAGUGUCCAGAUUGAGAUUGACCUUUGAACCCUGGACUGACUUAUUCUGAGAGAGAGGGGGGGGGUGUAUAGAAAUGAAAGGCUUUUUGAUGUCUUCCAUUGUCCUCUCUUCCAUUCCGUCCUUUAGUCUGUGGUUUACAUGGGGCCGUGGGAACAUAUAAACCCUGCUGUGGUUCCCUUCGUCUCAGCUCUUAAAAGACAUCUAUUUUUGGAGCGUUACAAUUUCCCCUGAACAUGUAUUCGCAAUACCUGCAUAGGGUCUUAAAGGUGUGGAAGGACAUUUUAACAGUAAGAUAUCAACUUCCCUGGAAAUAUGUCACAGUUGAACAGUUGAAAUACAGUUUUUUUUUCUCCUACUGUGUGAUAUGUGGGCUAGUGUUGAUGUGUUGUGUGUCUAAUAUCAUUGUACUGUGUCUGUGUGUGUGUGUCUACUGCCCACAGUCCAUUAUUAGCCCUCUCUUUUAAUCUGCUCAUCUUCAACAUGGCUAAGAGAUGUUACCUUUAAAUCUACUGUAUUAUUCAAAGAAACCUGCUAUGGCUUCGAUGUUGCCUUUACUGGCCUUGUGGGGGACAUGGAGUAGAAAUCACCUGCUAUUUCUCUCCUCCCCCUUCUCUCCUCCCUCCCCCUUCUCCUCUCCCCUCGCCUCCCCCUUCUCCUCUCCUCUCCCCUUCUCUUCUCCUCUCCUCUCCUCUCCUC